UUGAAAAGCGCGAACAGUGAUCGUUGACGUGCAAACGUCAUAAAUUCAAAAUUUUAAAUGAUCGAGUGGUGGUCCUGAGUGGUCCAAACCCGGUCUGAUCCGGCGGUGGGAAUCGUGAACUUUUCGUGCGUAACUUGCCUCAGCGGACGUCAGUUUUGGAUCAAUCCAACGCGGGUCGGGGACAGACUCAACGAUCGGGAAAUCGCUGCGAGAAAAUUCAUCAGAGAGUGAACAAUUUCAAUAACGCGGAUGUCCUACAUUAUCAGUUCGGAACUAGCCAAAAGGGAAGCAAAAGCAAAACUUGUCAAUGGAAUCCACCAUCGCGCUAUAGAUAUUCCCAACAUGGCGAUUGCUUGAUUGUGCACAGGUAUUUUGAGUCUACCAAAAACAGAUGGCCCAAUCGACAGGAAAACAAAGUGAGAGAAAGAUAGCGUGGCGAAAGAGGGUGAGCAAAGUCUGACUGAAGGAGACGAAAGUUUUAUUUUUUUUUAUUUUCAACCACUUUCUGUCCAGCACACGUGGAUUAGCUUUUUUGAAAAAUCGAUUGAAAAAUUGAGAGAUUCAGUGGAAAUGCUCUUGGCCAAAGUUCUUGUUGAGAAGGCACUUUGCUAGAGCAGUAGACUGAGUUGUGUCGUUGGUUCUUCAAUUGAGAAAAAAAGACUGAUCGCAGACUCGCAGAUCAGAUUUUACCUAUUUAUUUUGACUAUGUAUCACACCACGUACUCACCUCACACAAUGGUGCAGAUUAUGGGUGGCCAGGGUGGCCAGCAAGCAGGCGGACAAUGUUUGCCUGCACAGAAUCACACGGCAUAUUAUAAUGGUGCAAGUCCCUUGCAUCAAACGGAAUAUACUCAGUACGUUCCUGAUGCUUCUAAUCAUAACAGGCAUCCUGUUAUGCAGGCCGCUUCCCUCCAAACUGGAUGCUACCCAAUCGAAUUGAUUCAACUAAUGGGUGUGAACGUACAAGAAAUUCGUCGUGUAAACUACAGUAAUAUGCAUGGAAAUGGCACGUCGAAUAAUAGCUGGGCAAAACGAAUGAGCCCGACACAAAAUGUGCCCACAAUGCCCCCCCCAUCCCAAGUGAAUUUUCGACCAGCGAGCACAGGAUCCGUGAAAAAGUCGAAUUACAAUAAAGCGGGAAAGAGAAACGCGAACCGAGAAUCAUUUUCACCAAAAGAAGCUUACAACAGCGACAGUGGAUUCAGUUCUCGGUCGCCGACGCCAAACAAGCACCAGAAUGAUAGUCUGACGGAAAGUUCGGACGAGAGGGAUUCUAUUAAUUCUCAGGGAGAGCAGGGAACUAAUUUUUUCGAAUUUUGCAGACGUCUGCAGGAGGUCCAUCCCAAUGUCCACCAUAUGCAUAAUUCUAGUAGUAUUAAUCGUGGAGGUCUUAUCUCGAGCACUACUGUCCACCAAUUUUACCAAAGCCAGCGACCUGUCAACUGUUAUCACAGUCCUAUUCAGGGACCUAGAGCGCCAGUACAAAACUACCAAAACAAAAGAAGAUAUCACUCUGGGAGGAAUAGUCCGCCUCAACAGAGGAUGCAAAGGAAUAGAAAUAAGUUCUCUCAAAUAAUAGCACCGACUUACUUUUAUCCGCGAUACAUAAUGGCACCAGAUCGGUUUUUAGAGAGGUCUCACCUCGUCGAAGUCACCCAAAGGCCGGACAACUUACUGACGAACUCGAUUUUUGACGGCCUGUCCGAGGACAUGUGGGAAAAGUUCGUCUCGAAUCAGCAGACGGAAAAGACCUACAUCAACAAGAUGAUGCUCUGGAAAUACUUGUUUAUUUCUAUAAAGUUUAUAUUUCAGAAUGAAUUUCCAAAGUAUGGCUUGUUCCUGGUGGGUUCGACGAUGAAUGGGUUUGGAUCAAAUCGCAGCGAUGUAGAUAUGUGUCUUUUAAUCAAACACACAGAAAUGGACCAAAGAAACGAAGCCAUUUUUCACCUAGACCAAAUUUUAAGAAGUCUGAAAAAGUGCAAUUUUGUAACGAACCUGGAACUUAUCCAAGCCAAAGUACCAAUCCUCAAGUUCCACGAUGUGUUCAACAACAUAGAUAUCGAUCUAAAUUGCAACAAUUCGGUCGGCAUUAGAAAUACGCACUUAAUGUACUGUUAUUCGCAAAUCGACUGGAGAGUGCGACCUCUGGUUCUCGUUGUGAAGCUCUGGGCACAGUGUCAAAACAUUAACAACGCAAAGAACAUGACCAUAUCGAGUUACUCUCUGGCGCUCAUGGUCAUACACUUUUUGCAAUGUGGAACUAUUCCGGCCGUCUUGCCAUGCCUGCAAUCGAUUUUCAAACACAAGUUCGAUCCUCUCUCCGACAUCCACUCGAUCGACAUCCACGAAAACUUGAACAUACCAAUCAAUGUUAUGCCGCCACCCAAUCAUCUGAGUCUCGGUGAACUUUUAGUUCAAUUCUUCAAAUACUACGUCUCCUUCGAUUUUAGCCAGUACGCGAUAUCAGUGAGGCUAGCGAAGAAGGUGCCAAUAGAAGAGUGUCGAUGGGCGCGAUCUUACAAAAACGACCCCCACCAGUGGAAAUUUCUCUGCAUCGAAGAGCCCUUCGAUCAGACGAACACAGCAAGGUCGGUCUACGAUCCGGAAGUGUUUGUGAGGAUCAAGCAGGUCUUCAAGCUGAGUUAUCAGCGACUGACCGAGACCCGUAAGCUCUCAAGCAUUUUCGUGAAACUCGAGGUGAAGUCGAAACCGUCCCUCGCGCCCACGUAACCUCGUGCUCUGACCUAGCACUGAGUAGGCAUUAGUUAGCAUAAUUAUUUAUGUAUUAUGUAUUCCUAAAACGCCUCGCCUCUACUUUCCGGAAAGUGUGCGUGCGUGCGUGCGUUUCUCAAAGUUUUACGACUGAAAUAAUCGAUUAGGGCUCAACUUUGAGAAAAAUCAAUGCAAAAACCACAAAACAAAAAACGAUGCUCGAGCUUCUUUUUCGAGCUUCUUUUCGUCCUCUACUUAAUAUCACAAUCGAGUAGAGAAAUCUCCUUUUUCAAGGAACUGCAAAAAAAAAAAAAACAAAAAAACGAAAAAAUGCCUGCUCUCAAAGAUGAUUGAUUACACCACUCAAAAGAUUCUCGAAUAUCGUUCCGUCAUUUCAUGAUAAUGAUGAUGAACUCGAAAAGAUAGAUGCUCGGGUGAUACUUUACAUGUAUGUACAUAUAUAUAUAUAUAUAUCUCGGGUGAUAUCUCUAAAAUCUGGUGCAAUAGAUUUUCUCCUGCGGCAACGUUAAUCUAGUACAAAGUGUGAGGUAAAUUAAAGGUGCUAUUAGUUUCCAAUGACUAUUUAAUUAUAAUCUCAAAGGGUGUGAACGAGUCGAGGAUAACAGGAUGACGGAAAUAUAUAUAGAUAGAUAGCUAUAAAUAAAUGAAUUAAUAAAUAAAGUAUGAGGAGGAGAAGAAGAAAGAAAGAAAAAAAAAAGAUAGUGCGAGUGAAAAAAAGUUGUGGAGUUGUUUGUUUUUGAGGUGAGAGUGCAAAAUUUUCGGUAUAAUUUUUCUGUUGUUGUUUGUUGUCGUCGUCUUAACGCUCGUGAAUGCUAGUGAAUGUCUGUCCUUCAACGAAAAACGUAACAAGGUGCCUUCUCGUCAUUUCUUUCCACGUCAAGCUAAAACUCCUCAUUUCUAGCUAGAGAAAACAAAAAAUAAUGGUUGAAACAAACAAAAAAAAACACUCAAAAAAUACAAAAGUAAGCUUAAAAAUACUGACAAGACUAUUACCAGAGACUAGAUUAAAAAAAAACGAAAAAAAAAACAAUAUUGAUUAGAGAGUAGCUUCAGUAUUUCAACUGAUGGCAAAUAAAAUAGAGAUCGGUUUAGUCGCUACUACAUCACAUAUCGCUUUGUGAAAAUGAUUGAUUUUUCUCGUUAAUUUCUCCAAGAAAAAGUAUAAUUAACUGUUUUUUAUGUAUAAAUGAGUGUGUAGACAAAUUUUAAUAUCUCGUUAAUCCGUUGAAAAAGAAUAUUUAAUGAUAAUUUUUUAUUUAUCUUUUUUUUUUCAUCCAACUUGCGGCAUUUUUCUUUGCUGUUAAAAUUAAUGAAGAGAGAGAGAAGAAGAUACUCAAUUGAAAUAAAAAUAUAGAGAAAAAAAAAUAUUAAAAAAAGUUUUGCUGAGAGAAACGAAAGCCGUGUACAAAAAAAAAAUGUCAAAAGCGUAUUGUUAAUUAAGUUUUUUUAGUAUUAUUUUCUUUAUAGUGUGAAUAUGACGGAUGUGUAAAAGCGAUUAUAAUUAUUAAUAUUACUGAUGUUGGAUGAGGAGAGAGAGAGAGAGAGAGGGGCCUCUUUAAGAUCCGGCCGCUACUUAUAAUUCUGAAAUUCAGGAAACGUUUUUGUGAUUGUGAGGGAGAAAAUUAAAACUUCGAUCGUGGGUACGCUCGAAUUAUUUAAGAGCCAUUCCCCCCAUGAUAAUGUAUAUUUGCAAACAGAAAAAUAUGAGCCGACACGUUAUUGUUCCCUUUAGCCGGUGCCAAAAAGUAAGUAGAUGCUGCUCAUUUAAUUUUAGCAAAAAGAAAAAAAAAAGAAAAAAAUUAGAGUUGAUCCUACUAAAAAUCAAUAAAGGUCUGCUCGUGCUAUUUGAAAAAAAAAUAAAUAAAAUAGCAGUCUGCACAUUCCUAAAUCUCGAGAAAAAGUGUUUAAAAUAAUAUAUAUAUUUUUGUUUUUUUGAUUGAUUGCAAUAUUUAUAAAUUUGUAUGUAAAUAGGUAUAUAUUAAGUGCGAGUGGAAAUACUUUUUUAUCUCACAUUUCCGCUCACUAGUCCCUUGCUUUUUUUUUUUGUUUUUUUUUUUUUUUGUUUUUGAUGAAUUUAACGUGAUAACAGAGCAUUUAUUGUUAAACAUGAAAUUAAAGAGAAAAUGUGGCUGUGCAGGCAGUGUAAAUGAACUCGAAAAGAUAGAUGCUCGGGUGAUGAUAUCUCGGGUGAGGACGAAAAAAUAAAAUAAAAAUAAAAUUAAAAAAAAAAAGAAACUAAAGUCCAAGGACCUGCGUGAUCGAAGACACUCUUGUGUUUCGCGCUUGGCAUUCUGGUUGACGACUUUAUUUAUCUUUUAUUCGCGUAAUUUAACGAAUCUGAAAUUGCUCAAUUUAAGAGUACGAUGUAGUUUUUGCGCGCGCGGUUAUAUUUAUUUUGUAGUCUUUUCUUCGGUGGAUAAUUCGAUAUUCGAUUUUUGAAAAACAAAUACUCGAAAGACGUCGCAUAUUUCGCGCAGGUCCGAACGACCUGUGAUUUAAUUGAAAAGGUGAAUGUGUGAAAAUUGCAAUUUGAAAAAAGAAAAAAAGAAGACGAAACAACAACAAAAAAAGAAAUAUUGCACAUUUUUGUAGUUUCUUGAAUUGAUAGGUGCUUUCAAUUAAUUUAAACUUUUCGUAUUGAUAUUGAUAUUGUUUUAUAAUUGAUAUAAUUAUUGCUUGAGAAUUUUCCGUUUUAAUUGUAAUUUUUUUUCUCCAUAAAUUUAGAUUGAUUUGAAAUAUUAUUGAGGGAAUAUUUCGAUUGCUUUCAUCCGUUCACCUUUUUAAUUGCGGAUAGUCAUAGUAAAUUGACCCAAGUGCCAAAUCGAUUGUAAGAAGUAUGCGUCUGAGAAAAAAACCAACAUUUAUUAUGUGUAUUUGUGUCUGUAAAGGAAAAUAGAUUGAAACUUAAGUUCCCUAGAAAUCAAAUUCUUGUACAUAAGAUAAUUAAUCAAAACUCUUUGUAACACGCCAACGUACAUUUCAAAUUUAUGGCAAUAUUCAAAGAAAAGAAAAAAAAUGCAAUCAAAAUGGAAAUGCUAAAUUUAUAGGCGAUAAGAGUAUUAUUUAAUAUCCUUUUGUAUCUUUCAUUUUGUUAAAAAUAAAUGCCAUAAAGU